CAGGUCAUUUUAGUCAUUGGGAAUAUUUUUGCAUAUGACUGUAUUCCAGAGCAAAACUAAAGGGCUGGAUUUAUUCAGCUGGGGAAUUCUUUUCUGCACCUUUUCUUCUACCAACAUAUAAUCUGCAUCACUUUUGGAUUUACUUCCCACUUAUUAAGGACUGCAGCCUCCAGGGAAAACUGAGCACAGAUGAUCAAUACCCAGCAGACAAAGAAAUGGAGGAUUAACUGAGAAGACCCAAUAAAAGUAUACAUGGAUUACUAAGCAGAUGUUUCUCUGUCCCUGAGAUGGAUGUGCCAAGCAUCAAGGACUUUCAGUGGAAAACCCUAGCACCUUUGCCCAGUCCAAGAGUCUAUUCUUCCCUGGUAGAGGCUGGUGGACAGGUGUUUGCCAUUGGGGGCUGUGAUGACAAUGGUGUGCCAAUGGACAGCUUUGAAGUGUAUUCCCCAGAAGCAAACCAAUGGAAUUCUCUGCCCCCAAUGCCUACAGCCAGGGCUGGGGUAGCAGUAGCUACACUGGGCAAGAGGAUAAUGGUGAUUGGAGGUGUGGGAGCCCAUCAGAUGCCUUUGAAGAUUGUGGAGAUGUACAACAUAGAUGAGGGCAAGUGGAAGAAAAGAAACACUUUGAGAGAAGCCUCAAUGGGCAUUUCUGUGUCAGUAAAAGACUACCGAAUCUAUGCAGCUGGUGGAAUGGGAGCAGAUCUACGUCCUCACAAUUAUAUGCAACAUUAUGAUAUGCUUAAAGACAUUUGGGUGUCCUUGGCAACCAUGCCUACACCCAGGUAUGCUGCCACCUCCUUUCUGCGGGGUACCAAGAUCUAUGUUCUGGGUGGAAGGCAGUCCAAGUAUGCUGUGAAUGCCUUUGAAGUCUUUGAUAUUGAGACCAGAUCUUGGACCAAAUUCCCCAACAUUCCCAGCAAAAGGGCUUUCUCCACCUUUGUUUGCACAGAGAACAAUAUCUUUAGCCUUGGGGGAUUACGGCAGGGCAGAUUGUACCGUCAGCCCAAGUUCAUGAAAAAUGUGGAUGUCUUUGACAUCGAGCAAGGGGGCUGGAUGAAGAUUGAUCGCUCAUUUUUUCUGAAGAAACGACGGGCAGAUUUUGUUUCUGGCUAUUUAAAAGGAAGAAUUGUUGUUGCAGGAGGAUUAGGAAACCAGCCAACCGUUCUAGAAUCUGCUGAGGCCUUUCAUCCCGGAAAGAAUAAAUGGGAAAGUUUGCCAUCUAUGCCUACUCCACGGUGUGCUUGCUCCACCAUUGUGAUAAAAAACUGCCUUCUUGCAGUAGGUGGAGUGAAUCAGGGUUUGAGUGACACAGUAGAAGCAUUAUGUGUCUCUGAUUCCUAGCUGGCAUGUCAUUGGAUGCUCACCAUUCACAGUGAUCUACAGACCAAGAAAUA